AAGAAAACACCAGAAGGAUGAAAUUCUUCCUGCUGGCAGAUGAGAAAUCUCUGUUCGUGCGCUAGGGCAGGGCCAGCUUCGCGGCCGAUCCCUUCCUGAGAGGCGCGGCGUGGAACGGCGGCCCUGCCGGCCGGCGGGAAGGCAGAAGCGAUGAGGCACAGACGGGGAGUCCUGAGGGGACGGCUGGGGGGAGCCGAGGCAGAGCCACUGUCAGGGACACGAGUGUCCAGUGAAACAGCUUCCCUAAGCUGAAAAUCCUCCCCCCUCUAUAGACGUGUCUCGCAGAAAUCGAAUGUCAUGGUAGAGGUGAAGUGUUUUGUUUUUGCUGACGGGAUGCCAGGGCCUAUAAAAUGUUUGGUGGUUUCCUGCCUAGCAAAAAAUACGGAGAGGUUUGAACAACAAAACUGGUGGAGCACAAAGGCAGAAACGUGUAGUACCUUGGGACAUUGCGUAAGGGAAAUUGCAUCCACGUAGCCGAAACUGGAGCUGAAUGAAAGAAGCAGAGCACCUGGGAACAUGGCCCUGCGAGAGAGAGAAAGCAGCAGCAGCUCCAUAAAUGACAAGCAAGAACAGAACUAUAGUCGUGUUAUUACAAUUGUCUUCCUGGCACUCUUCAUUGACUUGUUGGGAUUCGCUCUCAUCUUGCCACUGUUUCCUUCCAUCCUUGAUUAUUACAGCCAGACUGAGGAUGGAUUCUAUUUGUCAUUGCAACGUGGUGUGGACUGGUUUGCAGUGAUGGUUGGGAUGCCUCCGGAGCGGAAGUACAACAGUGUCUUGUUUGGAGGUCUGAUUGGCUCAAUCUUUUCCAUCCUACAGUUUUUCUCCUCUCCCCUCACUGGUGCUGUGUCAGACUGCUUGGGCAGAAGGCCUGUCAUCUUGAUGACAGUGAUGGGUUUGAUAACAUCAUACGCGCUAUGGGCUGCUUCUAGGACUUUUGGCAUUUUUCUUCUCUCCAGGAUCGUAGGUGGAAUAAGCAAAGGGAAUGUCAGCCUCUCCACAGCUAUAAUUGCUGACUUGCACUCUCCAAAAGCACGGAGCAAGGGCAUGGCAAUGAUUGGCAUUGCUUUCUCCCUUGGUUUUACCCUGGGUCCCAUGAUCGGAGCUUACCUAGCCAUGGAGACAGAGAAAGGAGAAGUAUUCUAUCUUCGUUCAGCAUUGUUAGCACUCAUGUUUGCUGUGGCUGAUUUAAUUUUCAUCUUCUUCCUACUUCCGGAGACACUUCCCAAAGAAAAACGGGUCUCUUCUGUGAUGUCUGGAUUUCAGGCAGCAGUUGACUUGCUCAGUCCUUUGGCUUUAUUUCAGUUCUCUGCAGUCACACGAGGAAAGGAAUCUCCUUCAGAGGAGAAUCUUCAGAAUCUCAAAAUCUUGGGCCUGGCUUAUUUCCUGUACCUCUUCCUGUUUUCCGGCUUGGAGUAUACACUGAGUUUUCUCACUCACCAGAGAUUCCAGUUCAGCAGCAUGCAGCAGGGCAAGAUGUUUUUCUUUAUUGGAAUAACAAUGGCUGUGAUCCAGGGAGGCUAUGCUCGCCGAAUCAAGCCAGGAAAUGAAAUCAGAGCUGUAAAAAAGGCUAUUAUGUUGCUGAUUCCAGCUUUCUUGUUAAUUGGAUGGGCUGCAAGUGUGACCAUGCUGAGUGUUGGACUGUUGCUGUACUCUUUUGCUGCGGCCAUUGUUAUCCCGUGUUUGUCAGCAGUGGUGUCAGGCUAUGGCUCUGCCAGCCAGAAGGGACGAGUCAUGGGGAUCCUGAGGAGCCUGGGCGCCCUUGCCAGAGCCCUGGGACCGAUCCUGUCAGCUACAGUUUACUGGCUGGCAGGGGCAGAGUUUUGCUUCACCGUCUGUGGUGCUUUCUUCCUCAUCCCCUUUGUUUUACUUGGCUCUAUAAAACAGCAGAGAAAGGAGGAGUAGGAAGUCACCACAGAACUAUCCAGCUUCCAAGGACCUCUGCAAGACCUGACUCUUGGCACCUGACUGCUGAUCAAACACGAAGAGGCGGAUUUUGAUCUUCUGCACGGGGAUGGGCCAUGACCGUUUGCAGCAACAACAGACUUCGAGUUUCUUAUGGCCCUCCACAAGCAGUGAUGUUUAAGAUGGCCUCCCAGCCAGCGGGGCUCACUUUGCAAACAG